AUAUUUCAUUAUACCAUAUUCCAUCUUUAUUCAGGAAUUGGACCUGAUGGACACAUAGCAUUCAAUGAGCCUGGAAGCUCACUCUCAUCACGUACUCGACUGAAGACUCUCAACGCCGACACGAUACAGACAAACGAUGCACUCAACUUCGGGCAUCUUGCCACGUGCCAGAAGAAUGGGUUGGCAAUUGUGCUAGAGCUAACUCCGCGAUUUUUUGGUGGCAAUAUGUCUAUGGUACCAACACAAGCAUUAACGGUUGGUGUUCAAACAGUGAUGGAUGCUAGAGAGGUGAUGAUUCUGGUCACUGGCUCUCAUAAAGCGUUAGCACUUCACCAUGCUAUAGAGUGUGGUAUAAGCCAUAUGUGGACCGUGAGUGCCUUCCAGAUGCACCCAAAAGCGAUGUUCAUCGCCGAUGAUGACGCCACAUUGGAACUAAAAGUGAAAACCGUCAAGUACUUCAAAGGUCUUAUGCCACACCACAAAAAACUCGCCGAGUGA